ACACAUGCUCGCUCUCAGCUCGGCUCCGUCUUCAGUCGCUGCCAAGGGAGGAGGAGGAGGAGGAGGAGGAGGAGGAAGAAGAAGAGGAGGAGGAGGAGAUGUGAGGCUGAAAGGAACAGACAGAAACACACAGAUAGAAAAGAGAAAGAGACAGACUUGGACCAACCUCUGACUGCUUACCUCUCGCCUCUGCCUGGCUGACUGUGUGGGAGACUGGAGGCAGAAUACAAGAGAUGCCUCGCACUCUCAGGAGCAGCUCAUAGUCAGGACUUUCUCCAGCUUUCUACAUUCUCCUCUCACUGUUUCAAGGAUGAGGAGAGACCGUCUCUUCUUAGCCACGACCCUCACAGCCAUCUUCUCCGCUGACCUCUAUUUUAUCCUCCUGCCAAAGCUGCGCAGCGUGGGUUUGGGAUCAGGAUACUUUUGCCUAUGUGGCCCCGACAACCUCACCCUCCCCAGGCACGGGGGUCUCGCCACCCCGCAGCUCUCCAACUGGACCCUGGACGGCACCACAUCUGAACCCGCUGAUUGGGGCUCAAAGCUGGAGAGGCUGUUCGCUCACUCUCUGUACAACAUCCAGACACCGGUGCUGGGUGCGGAGGAGAGGCUGCUGCAGACGGUGCAGCUGAUGGACUACUACAGGAGGAAGGUGUCCCGCUGGGAAAGACAUAUGCACCUCUACAGCGAGGCAGCGGCCGUGUCCAACGUAUCUGUGACCGAACACGAGGUGACCUUUGACCCCGACGCCAGCUGGCUGAAGUUCCACCUGGGAAUAAGCCGCUACGCUCUGUACUCCCGCGAUGACCCCGCUAUCCCGCAACUCCUCAAGGACAUGCAGAGCAUGGCGGUCAUCAGCGCAGAUUACACUCAAGACGAGAAGGCCCUAAAAGGAGCAUGUGAUUGUACCCAAGUGGUGAAGCCCAGCGGACAUCACCUGAAACUGGCUCUGAAGAUGCAAAACUUUGCUAAAGCCAUGUUCAAACCAAUGAGGCAGCAGAGGGACCAGGAGACUCCAGAAGACUUCUUUUACUUUGUUGAUUUCCAGAGACACAACGCAGAGAUCGCUGCAUUUCACCUGGACAGGAUCCUGGAUUUCCGGAGGGUCCCGCCGGUGGCUGGCAGGCUGGUGAACGUCUCAGGAGAAGUUCUCCACGUCACUCACAACGAAGACCUACGAGCUGUGUUCUUCACUUCACCGGCAAACAACACGUGUUUCUUUGCCAAGUGCCUGUAUGUGUGCAAGACAGAAUACGCAGUGUGCGGGGGCCCCGACCUGCUGGAGGGCUCCCUGUCGGCCUACCUGCCCGGCCUCAGCAUCGCUCCCCGCAUCUCAAUCCCCAACCCCUGGACACGCUCCUACACCUUUACUGGACGAGAAGAGUGGGAAGUGAAUCCUUUCUACUGCGACACCUUAAAGCAAAUGUAUCCCUAUAACUCAGGCAACAGGCUCCUCAACAUCGUCGACAUGUCCAUCUUCGACUUCCUCACGAGCAACAUGGACCGACAUCACUAUGAGAUCUUCACUAAAUUCGGGGACGAGGGAUUCCUUCUCCACUUGGACAAUGCCAGAGGGUUUGGGAAGCACUCUCAAGACGAGAUGUCCAUCCUGGCUCCAUUAUCUCAGUGCUGCAUGAUAAAGCGCUCCACGCUGUUGCGGCUGCAGCUCUUGGCCCAACCAGAGUUCAGACUCAGCGAUGUAAUGAGGGAGUCCCUGGAGGGAGACCAUCUACAGCCGGUCCUGACGGAGCCACACCUCUUAGCGCUGGACCGCAGGUUACAGAAGGUCCUCCGGACGGUCCAGCGCUGCAUCAGGAGGCUGGGCAUGGACGAAGUGAUCACCCAGGACUUUGUCAAAUCCACAGCGACGCCUCAGACCGCCGCAGACAUGAAGAAGGUCAGGUAGCGCGGGAUGCGUCGCUCCUCUUCGUAGCUGCUCUUUGCACAGAAGACUUCGUGAUGAAGUGAGCAGACACGGCUCAGAUGGAUUUGAUUUAAGGAACAAGCCAUAACUGGAAGACACGUUGAAAUCUUCAGAGCUUGUCAGAGAAGGAAGGAAUGUCACUGUGGCGGUUCAGAGCGUGAAUCACUGCAGGCCUCACAUUCCUGUCACAGAGGAGCCGUACAUUUUAUUUCCAUUCGUUUCUCUCAUGGUCAUAAAUUCCCCCCAAGGUGUGUUUUAUGACAGGGCUCUCACUUUACUUAUGUCUACUUACACCAACAGGUAGAUUUGGAGUUGACGCUUUUAACCCUCGGACGUCACAUUAACAAGGUUGCUCUGAUGUCCUUCAAAGAAAUGUGCCAUAAAAUGAUAUAUUAAUAUUAUUUUCCACUUUCACUGAGUACAUUUGUUGAAGCAUCAGUCCUGAUCAUUACUACAAAUUAUUUAUUUUCAGAAUUUGCAUCCGUUUAAGUGCCAGUUUGUUUACAUAAUGCUACCGUUGCUUUUUAUAGGGGAAAAAAUAACAUUAACAAAUGUAAUUAUUUUCUGUAUGCUAAAUGCUAGAGGGAUCUUGGAUGUCAAUGAUUAGCAACGACAUUGCAAUGCUUCAUAGUGCAGCAGCAAUAACCCAACUUAAAACAAGGAAAGUAGCAAAAAAUGGCUCAAAUCUGGGGACAUUUUGGUCCUUAAGGGUCUUUUGGCAACACAGUUUAUUAUAGAUGUAUUAUAGGAGCUUAGGUUAAACUUACAAAACACGUUGUAUGUUUGCCAUAUGCAUUAACACAGCAAAAAUGAUCCAGCAUUUUAACAUUAAAAAACCAUAAAUGUGUGAGUGUCGUGGAAUUCAGCCGAUGCAAACUAAACCAAAGGGUGGUGAGAAGUAAAUCUAUGAUACGGAAACAAAGAAGUGAGCUCCUUAUUCCUGCAGGAAUGGAACAACUAAACAGAGUGUCAAGCAGUCUGUCGGGACGUUCAAACAGUCUACGAUGAAGUUCAACAGUCUGUCCUGAAGUUCCAAGAACAGAGAAUACAAUUAGACUAUAUAGUCACCAAGUGAGUGGCUGUGUUUACAGACAAUCGGCUGUGCAACUACGCACAUCUAGCUGAUACAAGAGAUACAAGCUGACACAUCUAGAGAUACAAGAAUGUCAAGAUGACAUGACCAGAGUGUACUCUGGUCUCAAUCGCUGUAAGUAGGACAAAUCUUAGAUGAGCAGAAGAAUAAGACAGUAUAUGACAAGAUAAAGAAUUAACAUUACAUGAGACACAAGGGUUACAUUAGGACAUUUUAAAGGAACAAUUAGAAACCAACGUUAAAACACCAGAAAGGAGUAAAAGUAUCAGGGAAUACAGGAGAUUUCUUGGACACAUGGAGCUAUAGGCUAGUUAAUAUUAACUAGUUAAUAUUUAUAAGAGAGGGCUGUGAUGCACUGGACCAGUCGUUUAAUAAAUUAAUGCUGGUGAAUACUGUGAUUAUGGAAAGAAAAAUGUGUCUUUGUCAUGUUAUAAUUUUAAAAAUAAAGUUAUUUUGAAGAGAAAUUAUCACCUGCAAGUAACAGAGGUGUAAGUGUGUGUGUGUGUGUGUGUGUGUGUGUGAGAAAAGUGCUACCUAUUAAAAAGAGCCGUUUAGUUUUCUCCUCCCUGUUUUCCAGACUUGUAAUCCUUCUGUCUCAUCAAAGUGUUUAAACAGCUUCACCACAAAACUGUCAACUAGAAACGGGCUGAGACAGAGUAAUGGCUGACAUAAAGUAACCGAGAAAUAUGUGAUAUAUCAUUCAAAUGUAAUAAUUCUCAACUAAGCCAACAUUUUUGCUAUUAUAAAUCUGCAAAUGUGUUA